UACAGCGUGUGUGUUUUUUUAUUUGUUAAGCUAGUACGUGCUAACAACAUAGCCUCUUCCUUGUGUGUUGGAUCCGGAGCCAUGGACCGGGAGUGUGUGUCGCUGCUGCCCCGGGUGUGUGAGGUGCUGCGGGGCUCAAGCUCCUCUCUGCCCGAUGACACCAGCCUGGAGAAGCUGCUGGACUGGUUCACAGCACUGACCGAGGCUGGUGGAUCUGUGCAGGAGACGUGUCCGUGUCUGCUCGAGUUCAUCUCCGCUGUGGUUCUCAAAACCUCAUCGGACCCUGGUGUCAUCUGCUUCACCCUCAAACUCUCUGGUUUAAUAGCUGCCACGGAGCACGGCUUCAAAGCGCUUCAGGGCUCCGUUCUGGACCUGGCGUUCAACCCUCAGCACUGGCGUGACGCCGGGCUCUGGGAGGAUCCCUGCAUACGGAUUGGCUGGAUCCAGGGCUUGAGGAACAUGCUGCAGCAUUCGAAGGCUUUUACUUUCUUUGUAAAAGCAGAUUUCAUUGUGCCGCUCCUGCAACUUCAGACCGACUCGAGUCUGUUUGUGGCCUCAGCUGCAAAUCAAGCGCUCGCCCACACCCUGAUCUUCUUUCAGCCGGGAUGUAACGGGAAAGUCAAGAGGACACAAACCUCCAUCGCUGACGAGGAGCCCCUCAGCCAAGAUUACUCCGCUGUGCUCGGGACAAUCUCACAGUUCCUCAAGGAGUCGCUGCUUCCCAAAGAAAACACCCGGCUCCAUCAGAGUCAGCAGGUUCUCAAGCUGCUGGCUCUGCUCCUGGCUCGGGCCCGGCAGCCGCUCCGGGACAAGCUGCUCGGGACAGUCGCAGACUCUCUGCAGGAGCUGGUGGCGGCAGGACACAGUCAACUCACCCUCCCUCUGAUGGACAUCAUUCUGGCUGCAUACAGCAGCUCCAGCACUGAUGACUGUGUCCCGGACCAGCGUGUCACUCGUCUUCUAUCGUCCAUGCUGAACAUCACCAAACCCUCGGACCUCAUCGGUGCAGCGGCUGCUUUUCUGCGCGGAGGUCGUCAUCACCAAGACUCCGUCCACACAGCUCGGGCGGUGAGAAUACUCCUGCUGCCCCUCCACAUUGUCACUGGUCAGACUCUCCUGGGCACAGACACCCCAGGAGAAGAGCAUCACUUUUCAAUUGCAGAGCAGCUGAAGAUUAAGACCUCCUGCAUCUCGAUGAUCUGUGUGUGUCUGACCCACACGCCACCGAUCACACUCAUGCCUCGCGACUCACUCCCCUGUCCUCCGGUUUCAAUCCUCACGGCGGUUCUGUCCUUGUUGAGGAUCGUCAGUGGAGACUCCUCCUCCUUGUCCUCGGGCUGUUCUGAGGUUUUCAGGAACCUUGUUGGAUCUGGAAAAGUUCAGAAAUGUGCUCUAGAGGUUCUGACGGGUCUCAGCAGCAGCCCAGGAAUGAAAGACAAACUGACUGAGGUCGUCACAGUUCUGAUCCAAUAUCUGAACAAUCCUGACUCUGACCCCACUGUAAUACACAAGUCGUACCAGGCCGUGUUGAAGUGGCUGAGUGUGUGUGAAGACGUCUCCUCGUUAACAGAGAAGCUCAAACAAGAUCUCAUCGACGUGGUGAGGAAACGUGCGUGCGACAUGCGCUGGGAGGUGAGAGACUCCACGGUGGAGUUUCUGGGGAAACUGACAGGUGUCCUGAAACGAGGCGAGGAGCCGUGUGACGCUCUGCUGGGCGGCUGCUGGAGCACUCCUCUCCUCAAGGAGGCGCUGCAGGAUCCAGAGAGCUACGUGCGGGCCAGUGCCAUCGCCGCACUGGCCCAGACACUGGCGUCCAGCUGGCACCAGGAGACAGCGGUCACACAGGGGCAGACUGACGUCGUGACCCGGCUGCUGGAAAUCCUCUCGCAGGACACGGAGGCAUUCGCCAGGAGAGCAGUUGUGCAGUAUUUCAUCGCCUGGUUUUCUUCUCGCUCCUCCCACACCUCUCCCUCCUCCUCCUCCUCCUCCUCCUCCUCUCUGCGGACGGACUCUGUGAGCUCCGUCCUCUCUCUAGGCAGCGCCGAUCUGGACUGGGAGGUCAAAGUUCACACUCUGGAGCUGGCCGAGCUGCUGAUGGACGAGGCCUGUUCAGGUCACCGUGGUUACAGGAAGGGCUCCGAGACGCCCCCUGCUGUGCGUCACUCAUACGCUGUGAUUUCUGAUGGGACUCUUGGAGAGGGGGCGGAGUCAGAUGCGGCCGGCGCGUUGAGUAAACUGGUCGAGCAGGGAGUGGUCUCGGCUCUGCUGAGUGGUCUGGUGGACUGCGAUAGGCCCGUGGGUCUGAAGGCCUGUCAGCUCCUGAUUACACUCAGGGAAACUGUCUGUCCGCGGCCGCCACUGGGUGCGUCUCCCGCCCCGGCAACAGUCGCCAAGGUGUCCUGUGAACUGCCGGGAUGCGGCUGGGGCCGGGAGAUCAGAAAGAUACCGGGGAUGAAGAGGUUUGAUCGGAUCGAAGAGGCAGACGCGGCUCAUCGGACUCGUUCUGGUGAGGUUGGGAUGGAAGACAGCGUCAGUGGCAGCGACAGUGUAUGUGUCGGCGUGUGUGCCGUGUUGAGGUCUCUGGGUUUGGACGAGAAACUGGACAUCCUGAGUCAAAGCAGUGACCACGUCCACAACUCUGCUCUCUCUCUGCUGCAGGACAUUCUGACCGCGAGCGCCGCACACACUCAGCAAGACGCCGAACCAGGACAGGAAGUUAUAGUGGACUGUUACUGACACACGUACACACACACACACACACACAUACACACAUACACAGAGUUGGUUUGGUAUCAGUGAGGAACAACACACUCUUUACUCUACAUGUGCCUUCAUGUUGUUGUGAUUGGAGCCUGACAGAUAUGGAUUUUUUGGGGGACAGAUUCUGAUCCAGAUGUUUGGGGUGUGAAAGAUUUCCACCAUCGACAUACCGGGAAAAAAAUGUAAUUGAAGUUUAGUAUUUUACAGUUUAACCAGAAACUUUUGUAUAAAUAAUGAAAUACACAAAGACGACCAAAUGUGUAGACUUCAAAUU